ACGUGAAAAUGCAAGAAAAUCUAUGUUCACGGCGAUACAGCUUUGCCAGCUGUCAGCCAUCGAUUGUAAGAACUUUUGCUGGCUAAGAAAGAAGCGUUACCUACAAAAACAGUAUUUUUAUUUCUUCUAAAUACCCAAAAUAAUUCACUCGCGAUUUAUAUAAAUUUUACCAGAAAUGGAUAGUAAUAUUCAUUAUAAUAUGCCUUUACAAACAAACAGUUCAAAUGGAGAACCAUCAUCUCAAAAUGAAAUACCUACAUUAACUGUAACUUUACCAAUCAUGCAAAAUGAUAUAAUUAAUUCAGGAAAUAUUGCUGCAGCACAAACUUCAAUUGAAAAUCGAAUGGCUGAAGGAGAAGAAAUUCCACCUCCAAAGGCAGAUUUUUCUGCUCCACCACCUUAUGAAGUAGCCACAAAAUUACCUAGUUAUGAAGAAGUACAACGAGAAAAAACAUUACAAGGAGAACCUUACCCUCAAAUGCACAUGCCUGAAAAUAUUAGAACAUCACCAAGGCCUUUAACAAUUCUGGCUAUAGAUACUGAAGCUGCAGAAGGAGAUCCAGAAAGUGGUUUACUUGGCACUGAUUUUAUGUUCUUUACAGCAUUUUUGGUUGCAUUUUUGUUUAAUUGGAUUGGAUUUUUACUUUUGAUGUGUUUCUGUCAUACAAUUGCAUCUCGAUAUGGAGCACUAUCUGGUUUUGGUCUAUCUUUAACAAAAUGGACACUAAUUGUUAAACAUUCCACUGAUCUUGCAUCACGUGAAAAUUCAUGGCUAUGGUGGUUGAUAAUGGGAUUUGGAGUUUUGAUUUGUGCACGAGCUAUUGUUCAAUAUUUGAACAUUAAACGUGGUUGGAGAUUAUUACCUGGAAGUGCUCAGGAACGUUUACUAUUUUUUUAUUAAGCCAUUAAAUCUGCACCUUUAUGUAACUUGGCUUUAGAAAAAACAUUUCUAUUUGGGGUUGUAUUUGUAUAAUAUAUAAUCUACACCCUUUAAAAAACAUUACUUUAUAUUGGCUAUAUAUUAUUCUAUUACUAGAAAAAAAUUAAAAUUAUUAAAACUAUUUGCCAAAUUUGCUUAUACACUUACAUAUGAGAUAAACAAGGCAAGAUAAAAACAGAAAUAAGAUAAUUUUUGCACACUAUUUUAUGUAUUAGUGUCACAUAUAUAAAAUAAAAUGUAAAUUUUUAUUGCUCAAAUAGUAUGGACAAUGCUUUAAUGUGAGAUAUUAUUAAUUUAUACAUUAACAUUAUUCACUUAAAUAUGAAUUGCUUUGAAACAUUUAGAAACAUGUAUAAAUUUACUUAUAAAAUUAAAAUCACGAGUAAAAAAUUUAUUUUGGAAAGGGAAAAACAUAUAAUCAUUGUCCUUAGACAGGUAUUAAAAUAUAAAAGUUCUAAUAGUGAUAUUGUGUAAUACCUGUUAGUACUAGAUAAGCUUUUAGAAUUUUGAAUAUGAUCUAUAUACUGAUAAUAUGAAUUGCUUGUUUGUAUAUUAUUAUAAUUUAUAGAGAGAAUUCUUAUUGAAUUUGAAAAUAUAAAUUACUCAUAUAAAUUAUACAAAUGUAUGGGUAUAUAUAUGAUAUGUACACAUACAUAAAUGUAUAAAAGAAUUGCUGCAAAUCUACAUAUAUGCAUUAUAUGUUAUACUGUCAAAAACUUCAUUGUUAUAUACUUAUUACAACAAUAUAAAAAGCUAA